UUACGAAGAAGCGGUAUGAUCGUUAUAAUGUCAAUGAAAUGUCAAAUGAGCAUUGGUGUAGGAGAAGCUAAGCUAUACUGCUAAGAGUAGUAAUUAUUUUUCUGGCAUCUUGUCUUCAGAAACCAGCAAUGAAGUAUGACGUUUCAAACUUGUUGUAUUAUAAGUCAAGUGAAUACGUCCAUUAGCAUACGGGUGAGAAAUUACAUACGGUGCGAUAAAUCUUAACGUCUUCCACAUAAAUCUGGUGUGUCAGAGAACAUUUUUAUCGGUACAUUAACUUAUUUUGUAUUGAAGUCAGUUAGAGUGGCUAGUGUCAAAAGGGACCCACUUAUUAAAAUAUCUGUAGUAUCCAGUGCACGGGAUAUUGAAGCUGUUGUCUGGAGAAGACGAAAUAUAGUAAUGAGUGAUCAAGACGUGGAUGAUGUUGCUUUCUUGACAGGUGAUAGUCAAACUGGCAUCAACAAACGAAGUCUCUAUGAGCAUAAUGGGGUUGCUGUAUGCUCUCAGAAGAGGGCAAUGUUCAUUGCAACAAUUGUAUUUGCUACGCUGUUUGUCAUAUCUCUCAUCAUUGCAUAUGCAGGGCCCCAAAAUGAGUGCCCUUGUGCAGGAGAGAAACCCCAUGACUUGGGAGAAGAGACAUUGUCAAACUCUACAGGACAAGCAGUACCACUUGCAACCAAUGGUGAGGUGUUCCCAUGGAACAAUGUUCGGCUUCCGAACUUUGUUCGACCUACUCGGUAUACCAUUACAGUUCACCCAAAUCUUACAACACUGGAAGUCAAAGGUCAGGUGACAAUAGAAUUUCAUGUAGAAAAAGAGACCAAUUUUAUUGUCUUCCACAGUAAAAAUCUGACAAUAACAGAAAAGAAUGUUCAGAAUGGAAAAGGUCAGCUAUUAAAUAUAACAAGACUGUUAGAAUAUCCAGCUGCCCAGCAGAUGUACUUGCAAGUCAAGGAAAAAUUCAGAAGGAGAGGUCAUUACACCUUGAAUCUUCGUUUCCAGUUUUGGCUUUCACGUGAGCUGGAAGGCUUCUAUAUUAGCAGUUAUCACACAAAGGAUGGUGAAACCAAAUAUUUAGCAACUACACAUUUUGAACCGACAUAUGCCAGAUCAGCUUUCCCUUGCUUUGAUGAGCCACAGUUCAAAGCACGAUUCAAGAUGUCAAUAUUCAGAGAUAGGUUCCACAUAGCCCUCUUCAACAUGCCUGUCAUCAACACAGAAGAUGCUGGCUUCUACAUGGGGACUGGUCUGUUACGUGAUGAUUUUCAAGAAUCUGUGGAGAUGAGCACAUACCUAGUAGCAUUUGUUGUUUGUGACUACAAGCGAAUCACAAAACAGACUCAAAAGAAGGUCUCUGUGUCAGUAUAUGCACCUAAUGAAAUGAUAUCCCAGGCCAGCUUCGCACUCUCAACUGCAGCAGAUGCAAUGGAUUUCUAUGAGGAGUUCUUUGGCAUCCCUUAUCCACUGCCAAAGCAAGAUUUGAUUGCCAUUCCUGAUUUUGCUGCUGGAGCAAUGGAAAACUGGGGAUUGAUCACCUACAGAGAAACUUCUAUCAUGUAUGAUGUGGAUGAGACAUCAGCAGCAGGCCAUCAGUGGGUUGCUGUUGUUGUAGCACAUGAACUGGCACAUCAGUGGUUUGGGAACCUGGUUACCAUGAAGUGGUGGAAUGAUUUGUGGCUGAAUGAAGGCUUCGCAAGCUAUCUAGAGUACCUUGGAGUGGAUCAUAUCAUGCCCAGCUGGAAGAUGAUGGAUCAGUUUAUUCUGGACAAAACUCACCCAGCACUGAAUCUGGAUGCUCUGGCAAGCAGCCAUCCCAUCUCAGUAGCAGUGCAUGAUCCUGUGGAGAUUGAAUCUAUUUUUGACAUCAUUUCAUAUAACAAGGGUGCAUCAAUACUCUAUAUGCUGGAAAAGUUCCUUCAUCAAGAGACCUUGUGCAGUGGCCUCAAUGAUUACCUCAAUAUACACAAAUAUGGCAAUGCAGAAACAAAGGACCUCUGGAAUGUCCUUAGCAAGCAUGCAAAUCAAUCACUGGAUGUUAAGGCUAUAAUGGACACUUGGACAAGACAAAUGGGCUUUCCACUGAUAAUAGUAUCAAGAGAAGGAAGUACAAUUACUGCAAGACAGAAGAGAUUUAUUUUGACAGUUAACAUGAAGAAUGAAACAGAACAUAUGAAUGAGUCCAUCUCUCCUUUUGGUUACAAGUGGUAUGUUCCAUUGAGUUACUACACUAAUCAACAUACAGGAAAAGUCCAUCACAUCUGGAUGAAUAUGAGUGAUGUAAAAUUUGACAUUCCAGCUGACACAACAUGGAUCAAAGUGAAUGUGAACCAGUCUGGAUUUUAUCGGGUAACAUACAGCAAUGACAUGUGGCAGUCCAUCAUAUCAGCCUUACAGCAUAAUCAUACAGACUUCAGUCCAGCAGACAGAGCAGGUCUUAUAGAUGAUGCAUUCACACUCUGCAGGGCCGGUGUACUGAAUGCCUCCAUUCCUUUGAAUCUCUCUCUGUAUCUGCUCCAUGAGCAGGAAUAUGUUCCAUGGGCAACGGCACUGGAGCACUUUCAGUUAUGGAGCAAACUUCUCUCUGAGUCAGCGGCAUACAAACAUUUCUUGGAGUAUAUGAGGAGAUUACUGGAACCUGUCUCCAGGCAUGUAGGCUGGGAGGACACUGGAACACACCUCCAGAAGCUUAUGAGGUCUGACAUUUUGGCAUCUGCAGUCCUGUGUGAUGUCCAGAUUAUAGUGAAACAAGCUCAGAAGAAAUUUAGAGAUUGGAUGGAUAAGGGCACUCGAAUUCCCCCAAAUCUUCGAGAAGUAGUUUACAUGGCAGGUAUAAAAUAUGGCGAUGUGAGGGACUGGCAAUACUGCUGGUCCACGUAUAACAGCACAGGAGUUCCGAGCGAAAGAAAAUUGUUUCUUAAAUCCUUAGGAGUGGCAUCAGAUCCAUGGAUUCUUCAAAGGUAUCUGCUGACUACCCUGGAUCGAAACUUGGUCAAACCUCAAGAUAUAAAGGUUGUCCUAGCUGGAGUGGCUGUUAAUCCAGAGGGCCAGUUGCUGGCUUGGAGACACCUGAAAGCUCACUGGCACUACCUGCAAUCCAUGUUUGGCAACUCGACAUACACAAUGGGCACUUUCAUUUCAGCAGUGACAUCUCACUUCACCACGGAAUAUGACUAUCAGGAGGUGUUGCAGUUCUUCCAACCUAUGAAUGUUGGGUCUGGAAACAGAGCACUGAAGCAGAGUUUGGAGACAAUUCGAUUAAACAUCCACUGGGUUAAGGAAAAUCAAGAUGUUAUCAACAACUGGCUCUAUGAUUAUCUAGGAAGAUAAUACACUGGUGCCUGUGGAAUGAGAAACUUUGUAUAUUUAAAUAUCUAAGUCAGAGAAUGUCAGUCCAAGUGUUUUGAAGUCCGGAACACUUAGCCAAGUGCGACAACUUGACAUGUCAUUCAAACUGUUCAGAGUCUGGAAGAAACUGAAUAUUUUGUAAAAUCCAUGAGGAGAAUGAAUUCACAGUAUUCAAUUUAAGCUUACUAGAAUAAAGGGACAUUAACAAAAUAGGGCUCAAAAUAUCAGACUGAAAGUAUGAGGUCAGAUGUGUGUCUUUUUCUGUUCAUGUUUCAUAAUGAAGAAAAAAAGCAUCAGUUCAGGAAUGCAUCUGUCAUCAAACUGGAUGUAGAUAUGUUUCUCAGUGUUAAGUUAGCAUUUGUUGGUUCAAAAAAGAUUUCAGACAAACAUAAAUUUGUUUAGAUAUUUUCUUCCAUAAACUGCUUUGGUACUAUGAACCAUUUUUAAGGGAAUAAUGGAAGUCAGAACCUAAAAUUAAUUUUUCCAAAUCCCUUCAAAACAAAUAGGAAUCCUCUUGAACUUCUGCCAUAUAUAACUCUUUUUUUUUUCACUGUAAUUUCUGAAGGCUCUCAAGUGAACAGAAAGGGACAGAAAAUAUACUUUAGUCUCUUGUGAAGAAAUUCUGGGGCCUUACUCUGUUAACACCCUUUUUGUUUAUCCUACUUUAUUUUGUUUAUGUACCUACUGUAUAAUUUUUGACAGCUGACUGGUUGAAUUAAGUUUUAGUAAUUGUUUUUAUACUGUUUUAAGAAUAGGAAACCAACAUCAUCAUAAUACAUGACUUUCUGCAACUAUCAUUGCCAUCCACAUUUUGUUGUUGUAUUAAGGUCACACUUUUUUUAUUGCUAGCGGGGUGGGACUAAGUCCCUUGUACUG